CACUUCUUUUAGUAGUUAUUUGUUUCAUGUAUCAUCACUUAUAUUUCUUUUUCUUCUUUUCACUUUAAUAUAUAUUGUCCUGUAAACAUAAUGGAUUCUAGUAUUUGAUAUUUUUAAUAUUCUUUUACUUCUAACUGAUCUCUCGUCAGGAGAACGAAAGAAAAUAUAUAAGGGUAAAUAAAAACAGACCAAAAAAAAAAAAAAAGAAAGAAAGAAAGAGAAAGAUAUUAUAUAUCUAUAAACAAAAGCGGUUGGUCAUUACAUAUAUUUAGGUAUUUGGUUACUUUCAAGUCUUGGCAAAAUUCUCUGUGUCUAAUCGUCUUUGUGUAGAAUUUGAAAGAGACCUUCCUACUAGCUUCUUAGCUAUAUAGGAUGCUAUUGAUCUAGACUGCAUAGCCAUAUAUAGCUCCCUGCUUUUGUAUUCCUCUAGCCCAGAAGUGUUUCUUUUCUCUUGUUUAUGUCUUCCAUUAUAUAGAGAUCAUUCUCUUACAGAAAGAACCUAAAAACCUCUUAUCUUCUUUCGUUCAGAUCUUGUGCACAUCGAUCUUUCACCAGAGAGAGAGAGAGAGAGAGAGAGAGAGAGAGAGAGAGAUUGAAAUUGAUGGCGUCGACGUCCCAGGCCAUGCUGAACCAAGGGUUGUUUGAGGAUCAAGAAGCACCAGCGCUGUUGAGUUUUUUUUCUUUUGCUCCAAACAGCAGUUGCCUGACCCUAAUCCCACCAUUAGGUUGCCUUAAAAAUUUCUCAUCAUCUUCUUCUCCUUCUUCUACAACUACUACCUUUUUGCCUUCCUCUAAUAAUAUGUCUGAAACCCUACUCUCGUCCCUAAGCACUACUGCUACGGCUAAUUAUUCUAAGCAAAAAGAUCAUCAGCAUCAUGAUCAAGACUUUAAUUUAUCUGAUCAUAAUAAUCAUUACGGUGCAGGACCCCAACUCCUUUCUUUGCAGAGAUCAACCGCAAAUCUAUGGUCAUGGGGUGAGGUGAAUGACUGCUUGGGAAGCAAGAGAUCGAGUAUUAUAAGUGGGGGAGAGUUAGAUCAUCAAUAUCAUGAUCAUCAUCGCCAUAUUGGGGUUUCAACGAUGAAGAUGAAGAAGAUAAAGGGGAGAAGAAAAGUAAGAGAACCAAGGUUUUGCUUUAAGACCAUGAGCGAGGUUGAUGUGCUUGAUGAUGGUUACAAGUGGAGAAAGUACGGACAGAAAGUGGUCAAGAACACACAGCAUCCCAGAAGUUAUUACCGUUGCACUCAGGAUAACUGUCGCGUAAAGAAACGCGUGGAGCGGUUAGCAGAGGAUCCGAGGAUGGUUAUCACGACAUACGAGGGGAGACAUGUUCAUUCUCCAUCCCAUGAUCUUGAGGACUCUCAUGCUCCAUCUCCCUUGAGCAACUUCUUCUGGUAGUACUAUACACAUAUCACUAACUACAUAAAUAUAUAUAUAUAUAUAUAUAUAUGUUAUAAGCUUUGUCUCUAUCUCUUGCCAAAAAACGAAAAAAGAAGAAGAAGAAGCAUUCACUCUUUAAAUCCUGCGCUGUAGUUGUUUGAUGCGUCUUUGGACAGUGUAGGGGAUAUAUAAUUAAGAGAUCAUAAUAAUAGAAAAUGUUAUUGAUCUAUAUAUAUCUAUGUAUAUGGUCAAAACGACAUCGUCCUCUCAAUUGUUGUUUUAUUUAGUUCCUAGUAGCCAGUUGUUGUACCUAAGUCUGCUGAAUUUUGUUUACCAAAGGAUAUAUGGCACCUAGCUUUCUAAUCUUUCUAGUUUACAUAAUGUGAAUGGUGCAUAGUAUGCCAGUUCUGCUUUUGGUAUUUUGGAUCUAACAUUAUGAUAGGUGUCAUGUUAAUUGGUAAACCAAAUUCAGCAGUUAUAUUAAUUAUGUGUACAUGUAAUUUUCUCUUACUUUGGAAUAAAAUUGAUCGUGUACCAUUUCUCCAA